AUCUCGUUCCAACUGUCACAUUCAGGAAGCAUAGCCUCCAGAAUUCACUUGAUCGGAUAACAUUCGUUUGGAGUUUUCCCCGAUCAUGACUCGGGCUUCUUUUCCUGUGUUUGUGUUGUUGGUGUUUGCGCUCCAAGCUCUUGCUGUAGAGAGUCACAACUCUGGAGACAGUUUGGUAAGAAAAAGAAGAGAAUGGGUUCUUCCUCCAAAACCUCUUAAAGAAAAUUUCGAUUACACUAAAGAGAAGUCGAUUGCUAAGAUUCGAUCCGAUUUUCAAGUUGGCUCAAAUCUUCGCUACUCCCUGGAAGGUGUUGGGGCAAACAAAUAUCCUUUCCAUGUCUUUGUGGUUGACCCCAAUACUGGUGAUGUUAGUGUCACUAAACUGCUUGACAGGGAAGAGAUCGAUACUUACAACUUGUCUGGUGUUGCUACGUUCAAUGAUGGCACAAUUGCAGAAAAAAAAAUUGACUUACGAAUCAAGGUUGUAGAUGAGAAUGACAACUCUCCAGUAUUUCCAGAUGUUGAUCCUGCUGACGUGGAUGAACUCAGUCCUAAAGGUACCUUUGUUACGACAGUCGAUGCAUUUGAUGCUGAUGAACCAGGAAAUGUCAAUUCUCAGAUUGCUUAUAGCAUCAUAGCUCAGAAUCCAGCGCAAGAUGUGUUCUACAUAGACAGACAAAAUGGAUCCAUCUUUGUUAAAAGGCCUGUUCUGGACAGAGAGACAUGUAGUAAGUACAUUCUGACGAUACAAGGUCAAGAUCUAAAUGGUGACCCCCGUGGAAACACUGGAACUACCACUAUUAUCAUAAAUGUCCUUGAUGUGAAUGAUAAUUCUCCCACACUGGAAAAAGAGCAGUAUGAAGGAAGCAUUGAGGAGAACACACAAGGUGUGGAGGUAAUGAGAAUCAAAGCAGAGGACAUGGAUCUACAAGGCACAGACAACUGGGAAGCUGUGUUUGACAUUGUCAAAGGCAAUGAGGCUGGGUAUUUCAGCAUUAAAACAGACCCCAACACCAAUGAAGGCAUCUUAAUGCUUGACAAGGCUGUGGAUUAUGAGGAUGUAAAGAACCUUGAACUAGGCUUAGCCGUCAGGAACAAGAAUCCAUUAGUUGGAAGUGGAGGCAGUGCAGCAAGUGCAGCAUUUGGAACAAGUGGUGGAGGCGGUGGUGGUGGUAGUGGUGGAGGCGGUGGUGGUGGAGGUGGAGGUGGUGGAGGUGGAGGUGGUGCCAGUGGUGCCAGUGGAGCCAGUGGAGCAAGUGGCGGAAGCGGUGGAAGAUUUAAAACUUAUCCUAUCAAAAUCAAUGUGAAGAACCAGCCUGAGGGGCCACGUUUCAAUCCUAAAGUCAAAGCUAUUCCCGUCUCAGAGGGAGGGAAAUCCUUUAACAUUAAAAAUGUUAUUGCAAGCUACCCUGCAGUGGAUGGGGAUACUGGACAACCAGCUAAAGCAGUCAAAUAUGCCAAAGGCUCAGACCCUGACAACUGGCUAACUAUUGACCCGGAGACAGCUGAGAUCAAACUGAACAAGAUGCCUGACAGGGAAUCUCCAUACCUGGUCAAUGGGACAUAUACUGCCAAAAUACUCUGCAUUUCAGAUGACAUGCCUGGCAAAACAGCCACUGGUACGAUAGCCAUCCAAGUGGAAGAUUCUAAUGACCACUGCCCCACCCUGACCAGCAACUUCCAGACUCUGUGCACCACAGCAAAUGCUGUAAUUGUGAAUGCUAAUGAUAAAGACGCAUAUCCUAAUGGCCCCCCUUUUCAGUUUGAGAUCAUCCCAGAAAACACAAAAGGGAAAUGGAACAUGGAGCAUCUAAAUGACACUGCAGCUAUCUUGCGGUCUCAGGAGGCUUUUUGGCCUGGUGUUUAUGAAGUGGAAUUUGUGGUGAAGGAUCAGCAGGGACACGCCUGCCCUGAACCUCAGAGAAUGAGGGUCCAAGUUUGCACCUGCGAGGAUGGAGUUGUGUGUGGAAAGCGAGGCAGCAAUGGUCAUGCUAGCAAAACAACAUCAUUAGGACCUGCGGCCAUUGGGCUAAUACUAGCGGGCCUACUACUGCUCUUAAUCAUUCCUCUGCUAUUGUUCUUCUGCCUAUGUGGAUCCACUAAACAGUUUCCAGACCUCUUUAGUGACAUGCCUGACUGUGAGACCAAGUCACACCUUAUUAACUACUGCACCGAAGGGCCGGGAGAAAAUACGGAAGUGCCUCUAGUGAAUUCACUCCAAGAAGUGGAUAGGAAUCCCCUCCUUGUGACUACUGGCACAGUUAAAAAUGUAGCAGCACCAGCGGGAAGUUUUUUGGAUUACGAGGCAUCUCUCACUAACAUUAAUGGGAUGAAAUGGGGCACCUAUCAAGAUGGUUUUUCAACUGACUACGGACAAGAAAUGAGGGGUUUCACUGAUUUCCAUUCUGAGUUUAACACCAGAGAAUCAAGUCAAGGUGGACUUUUUGAUAGCAUGGCCCUGCCACAUUACUUCCUGGCACAGUAUUACUCUCAGAAGACAGCCAGUGGAGAUGACAACCUUGGCGUGAAGGACGGUUUGUUGGUGUAUGACUAUGAGGGCCAAGGGUCCUCUGCUGGCUCAGUAGGCUGCAGCAGCAUUUUGGAGUCAGACAAUGACCUUCAGUUUCUCGAUGACCUCGGACCAAAGUUCAAGACUCUCGCAGAGGUGUGCAGAGGCAAGACAAUUUCUUGUGAUGACAAACAAGUGCUACCCCCUACCCCUAAUGCCUACAUCAAUACUCAAACCUCAGUAUCAAGUUCGAUGAGUGCACAAAAGCUCUCCCCUCCACCCAAACUGGAGCCUGCCAUCUCCAAAGUGGAGCAGAGUGUGGUCAUGAAGACAACUGAGCAUUCUGAAAUUGUAAAGGAAAGUACAGCCAAGGUGAAGGAAGAGAUAAACACAAUGAAAGCAGGGUUGGCAAAUCAAGGCCAGAUGCUCCUGAUGCAGCAGCAGCAGCCUGUGUACUACACCACCACUCCUGUGUUGCAGCCAAUGCAUUAUGUAGUCCAGCCACAGGUCCACAACACUGUGCUGCUGGCUGAGGCGCCAACCACCAACCUUCAAGGCAUGGUGCUGGUUAACAACCCACAGACUGGACCUGCCCAAGGAGUAUUUGUUCAGGGACAGACACUAAUGUCCAGUGGACAAGCCCAGGGCCCUGGAAUGGUGCUGGUGGAGAAUGGUGACACCCAUAGUUGGAGUGAUGGCUUGAUCCAAGCUGGGAGCUUGUCUGGGUCCCAGACCAUGAUGGUUGUCAAAGGCAAGGCCCCUUCAGGGUCAAUGAAAGUGCUAAAGGGGAGCCAGGGUCUUCUUGUUCAGGGAAGUACUCUACUGUCAGAAGGGGUCUCAGGAUCUAAGAAAGUGCUGACAGUUGGCAUGCCAACUAUCAGCAACAAGCAGCUGGUUCAAGAGGGAGGUCUUUCAAAGAAGAGUGAGGUCUUUGGCUCUGAAAAGGUCAUCUACAGCAGGAGCAGCCAAUCUACUGCCUUAAAGGCAAAUCAGUAGAGCAUUCACUAUAGUGACCCACCUACUGGUUUUAAAAGUGACAAGAGAAAAUCAUUAAAUGGCAGAUGAAUUCCUGGACAACCAAUGGCCUUUUUUAGUUUCAAAAUAGUGUAUUAAUCUUGUGCUUUCAGUAUUUUCAUGGGAAGCCUGUAAGAGCAAAUGGUGGUGGUGAAGGGUGGUGGCGCGCGCAUGUGUGUGUCUGGAGGGAUAUGCAGCUUGUGCAGCUUUUCCUGGUUGAAAUAUAAUCAUUUCACAGAUUAAAGGAUACCCUUAUUUCGUUUUAGUAUUUUAGUAGAUGUUGCACCUUGAAAUGUUGCUACUAUCAAGCAAAACAGUUGCACUUAGACCUGUGGGAAUAAUCAAUCCAUUCAGUAAUCCAUAAUCUCCUUUGGAUGGUGCAUUUAUGUCAUCGAAGAGACUACUUUCAUAUUACUCAUCACAUCAUAAAGCUGAUAAAUCAGAAUGUGGUUAUGAUUUGGAAUGAACUUUGCCUCUAAGAAGACAAGUGGACCCAAACCAUGACAACAAAAUGCUCCCUACAAUAUCAGAAAAUCAUCUUAUCAUGUAACUAUCAACUUUACCUGAUCUUCUCUGUUCUCAAGUUAACAGUGCAUUAUGUGUGUGGGUAUAAUUGAUAUCAACUGUUAUAUUCUCAUGUUAUAUUUUAGCUCAUCACUGCUCUCAUUGUCUUGUUUUAUUUUUAUACGUAUAUACAAUCUGUGCAUUUUUACACUAAUAAAAGAAAAACAUUAAAAUCUUU